AACCGUCCCGUCCCGGUGCAAAAAGUUCAAGUCGUUUGCCAAGAACAACAACCCAAACCCCGCGAACCCUAAAAUGGCUUUCAUUAAAUCCGUUGUGUGCCUGGCCGUGCUCGGAGUUGCCGCCGCUGGAGUCGUCCCGCUGGCCCAUGACUACCAGGGAGACUACUACGCUCACCCACAAUACUCCUACAACUAUGGUGUACAUGAUAGUUUGACCGGAGAUGUUAAGUCGCAGCACGAGAGCCGUGAUGGUGACGUAGUCAAGGGACAAUACUCGCUGGUCGAGGCUGACGGUUCGGUGCGCACCGUCGACUACACCGCUGAUGACGUGAACGGAUUCAACGCCGUCGUCAGCAAGUCGGCCCCGUCCGUCCACGUUGCCCACCAUGCUGCCCCCGCCGUCGUCGCCCACGCCGCCCCGGCCGUCUACGCCAGCCACGCCGCCCCGGCCGAUCAUCCCAAGUACGCGUUCAACUACGGCGUCGCUGACCACACCACAGGUGACGUGAAAUCGCAGCACGAAACUCGGGACGGAGACGUUGUUAAAGGACAAUACUCGCUCGUCGAACCGGACGGUUCCGUGCGCACCGUGGACUACACCGCCGAUCCGAUCAACGGAUUCAACGCGGUAGUUUCGAAGACGGCCCCGCUCGUGCACGCUCACGCGCCCGUCGUGAAGCACGUCGUCCCGGCGCCGCUGAAGACCCUUCACCACCACGUGCCGGUCCAGAAGUACGUCUACGCUCACGAACCCGUCGUGCAUGUCGCCAAGACCGGUCACUACACCGAGCAUGCACCGGCCGUGCACUACGGAGACUACAACGACGGAUACUACGGUCACUACGACGAUAGCCACUACUACUAAGCAGCAACCGCCAGGGACCGAACACCGGCGGCCUGCCUUGGAUUUGAUUGCAGAACUACUCUCCUCGAAGUGACCGCGUUUAGGCCGUUAGGGACCGUUCCGGAGGCAGGCUGCGCUUCAAAGCAAGGCUCGUUAUGCCCGGUGUUGUUAUGCCAGUGUUAUCAGCCCAAUCGUAUUCAUACACUCACCAGUGUGAUCACACACCAGUAUUGCAUAAAUGCAUUAGCUCGUACCAUUUUAGAUGCGUAAGUCAGCUGCGGCAUACGAGCCGCGGGCCAACAGUCGGCCGCGCCACCUGUAAAUAUGAUGAUCUUGUUGAUAUAUCUGCCUCCCUUACUGCGUGCUGCAUUUCUUACGUUGUGCCCUCAGACGCUGGUAGGUUUCGAAAACUGAUCUCUUCUCUAUUUUAUACUCUUUACCUCUUCCUCAAUUUGUUCCAAGUGGAUUCGAGAGCCGCUAAUCUCGGAAGGUCGUUCGUGUAACGUAGCUCCAACGACUAAUCGGUAUCUUGUUUGUGGUACAAUUGUGUCUUAAGGCCCUCCGCCACGUGGGAGGGUAUUUAAAUCACAACGAGUGAGGCAGGCCAAGAAAAACAAACCCACAACUAUCUCACGCCAUUGCACACCACCACGCUCGUGCACUCUCAGACAAUGUACAGACACCUCACAGCACAGCACCGUGCUAAUGAUCACGGUAGAGAUAAUUGAUAAUUAUUUGGUGUGUUAAUGACAUGAUUAUCAAACCGCCAACCACCGUUUCUCGGCAGUCCAACGGCCCAUAAUCCACGGUGAACGCCUUAAUGCAGUCAAGGCCAGUUUCUUAUUCAAAUGCCCCCUUUAUUGUUUCUUUACUUUCGUGUU